AUGAGAGACUCAACUGAAUCUCUCGUCUGUGAUAUCCUACAACUGAAUGUGCUGCACGCAGGCCGCCUCAUGAUUCAGUUGGCACGAUAUUCGAGAUAUCGCAGUUUGCUGAACACUCUUCGACAGCCCACGACCGGUUUCGCGCUUUUUGGGGCUCGUCAGGAGCGAAAUUUUACCGCGACAUCAAACAACUUGAUUUUGGGUGAGCAGCACUUUAGGUCCUCAAUAGUAGUGCGCUUAGAACCUAAGAAAUUGCUCGUGGAAUGCCCAAUCAUAAGUUGUCGGAACCUCGGGGACUGCGCCUACCUGAUGAGCCCGAACUGGAAAGGUGAAACCGGUCGUGGACUGUCGAAGAGUUUUCAGGUACCU